GUGACAGAUGGUGAAAGUUCGGUCUUCAAGUGAAACUAAUUAAAGAUUAAGAGUACAGAGUGCAUCAGGUGUUGGAGAUAAUGUCUGAUUCGGGCCAGGACUACCUUCAUCCCCAGUCACCAGUCUCACCUGCACAGCAGCCUACCUGGCCUAGACACCAGAAGUCAGGUGUGAAGUACACCAAACGAUUUGACUCAGGAGUGGCUGACAUAGAUUCAGAGGACGGAGAAAUCUCAUUGCGCCCCAUGGCAGCCCAGAGAGUACCCUACGGACGGGUGUCCGAGUAUGACUACGCUGCUAGGGGCAGCCACUUGUAUGAAGAUCUCCCAAUCAAAUAUGCCCCUGCAUCAGAAGAGUCAUUAACCAGGGAGAAGUCUCCCCCUGAGGCUCACCAGCAAUCCUCCUGGCCCAGUACUGUCAGUACUGCUAACAGCCAGGCUAACAUUGUCAACAACAACACAGAGGCCAGAAAGCGGCACAACCCCUUAUAUGAUGCAAUACAGACGAAGUACCCUAACCCUCCAGCCCCUGCUCCUGAGAGCGAGUCUGUCCACAAGCUGUCUCAGCAGAAGGUCAUGUUCAUCUGUGUCUUUGCUGUCAUCGCCCUCAUCAUCGCUGUCAUCUCCCUGUGUUUAGCCAUCUACAUGCUCGUCACAUUACCACCAGACAGAUACGCUGAGGAAAAGGAAGCUCAUUUAGCAAGAUACUCUCAGUUGAAGUCUGAAUACGAAGAUCUGUCCGAAAAAUACUCUGAGCUGGCAAGCAUGCUGAGCUAUGACCCAGCCGAGGGCAACAGUUCAGAUGUAUCUCUGGCCACCAAAGUGGCUAGGAAUAAGAUGAGCAUUCAGAAAAUCACUGACAAUGUAACAGUACAGCAAAGGGCUGUGGACAGUCUUAAAACUCAGAUGUAG